CUCCCUUUUAGUCAAGUCUCCUCCUUGUUUUCUGUUUCAGACUUUCACUCAUCAGGCUGUGAUUUUCACUUCUUGUUGUUUGUUGUAACACCAGCCAAGGGCACCCACGUGACUGACAUCAGUCAUGGAAGAGCCUCAGCGAAUAGAUCUGACCUACAUCACUGAACGCAUCAUCACCAUAUUCUGCCCCCCUGACUGUCCUGAGGACAUCUACCUGCAGAACCUGCGGGAGAUUCUUCUGCUGCUGCAGUCCAAGCAUGGACACAAAUACAUGCUCAUCAACCUCUCACAGAAGAAUGACACUCUCACCAGAAUGAACCACAAGGUUUUGGACACAGGCUGGGUGGAUCUCUUGGCUCCUGACCUGAAUCAGGUCUUCAGCGUCUGCACGGCAAUGGAGAACUGGCUGCAAACACACCCAAACCACGUCCUGGUGUUACACUGCAGGGGAGGUAAAGGUGGACUCGGAGUUCUGGUGGCCUCUUACAUCCACUUCAGCAACGUGUCAGCCAGUGCAGACCUUUCUCUCGACCACUUCUCCCUGAGGAGGUUCUACAACGACAAGUUGUCCACUCUGAUGACGCCGUCACAGAAACGGUAUGUGUGGAUGCUGGGCAGCAUGCUAAAGGGAGGACUGAGGAUGAGUCCAUCUCCAUCCUUCCUCCUCUGUGUUGUUCUUCACGGUCUCCCCAAAAUGAGACCAGAUGAAGGAUGUUGUCUCUUCCUGAGAGUCUACCAGAGUCUACAAGCUGUUUGCACAUCAGCAGUCUACCAUGUUAACGUAGCGCAGACAGACCGACUCUACUUUGUGCUCCAGCCAGCUCAGCUGCUAAAGGGAGACAUCAUGGUGGUUUGUUAUGACAAAAACAGCCGUUCAUCCAGCCGCCAGGUCGUCUUCCGUCUCCAGUUCCAUACGGGCCUCGUGCAGGGACAUACCCUCACCUUCUUCAAGGCGGACCUCGACUGUGCCAGUCAAGAUCCACGUUUCCCAGAAGAUGGAAAAGUGGAGCUUCUGCUCUCUGACAGCCCUGAAAAGAUUCGAGGCAGAGAGCUGUGGCACAACGGAGGCGCUGUGACGGUGGACUAUGACACCUUGGACCCUCUGGUGAGACGAGACUCGUAUCAAGACGCUUCUUCUCUUGAAACAGCUCCACCUCUGGUUCUGGACCCUGGUAAUGGCGGUUUGUAUGCUGGAGUGAGGAAGAAGAGUGGUGAGGAAGGGGUUUUGUUCUCUUUGACCACCAGCAGCCCAAACUGCAGUGAGCGGACUCCGUCUGCCAGCAGUGAUUCGGGCCUGUCUGUGGCCUCACAGGGACGGACCGGAGCAGGGCACAAGAGUAGGCCUGCGUGGGAAAAGAGCGCCCAGAUACGGAAGCUGGUCACUGGGCUGGACUUCGAGAUUGCUCAGCCUCUUUUGGAGGUCAUGGCUGAGCUUGCUGCCAAUGGGGAGAGGGGGGUCUCUGGGAAUGAGUCUGAACUGGGGCAAACUGUCAGUGGAGAGGCUUUAUCUGGCGAGAGGGAGACUGAUAUAUUAGAUGAUGAGGAUGAAUUAGACGGUGAAGCAGCUUCUGCUGUCGACCUGCCGAGCUCCAGCAGCGUCUGCUCGCUUUCCUCCGACAGCCUGCCUGGGACUCAGACUGAGUACUCCACACAGUCCUGGGUUCAGCAGCAGCAGGUUGAUGUCAUCACUGAGAAAGACCCUGCAGUUGAUGGGGGACAGAGGGUGAGCAGGAUGAAAAAAGAGAAGCCUCCAUCCCUGGUAGCUCCUGAUGCACCAAGUCGAGGAACAAGCAGCAGGGAGGCAGUGCAGAGAGGACUGGUGGACGAGGACGGCACACAAAACACACAAGUGAUGCACAACAUACAGUCCCUCAAUAACACACACAUGUCGUCUUGCGACGAUGAUGACUUGGCAUCGUUAACCACAGACAUUGAUGAGUCCAUAGAGCAGCUGAACCAGCUGAUUUUGGAUUUGGACCCCACCUUUAUUCCUGUUCCCACCCGCUGUGCUCCGCUGUCCCGCUCGGCCUCCCUCCACACCAAUGGCCUCAGCCACAAAGGAGACACCCAUCAGUCGGGCUGGAGGCAGCAGAAGCAGGUCAGUGACGUGGUGGACUACGCUGGUCUCCAUAGUCCAGGAUGGAGAGGGGCUGGUUCUCAGAGCUUCAGAGGCCAAGAGGUGCACAGUCCUUCCUUCUCACAAACUCAGCAUCUCUACAAAACCAACAGUGUGGACUAUCGGGGACACACUGACAUCGUCCCUCCUACUCCGGCCUUCCCUGUGUCUCCUCCGACGCCCUACGUGAAACAUUUCUCAGACUUUUCCCAGCUCAGGAUGGGCAGGCAGUGGGACCAACAGAGCUGGACACAAGAUUCCAGGAGUUUCCUGGACAGCAUGAACCACUCCGCCAGCUCCACAGAUGGAGAGCUCUUCAGAUCAGAUGUGUCGGUCACUCCCGCUUCCUGUCAGAGGAUCUUUGGUUCCAUGUGCUCGGUGUCGUCAGAGAGCCCCCUCCCACAAACAGACAGCUCCACCCCUCCUUCUGUGUGGCACGACCGGACUCCAAACUCCCAGAACUCCCCAUACCCCCCCCAGCCCUCACCUCCUCUCUCCCUUAGCACUCCCAAUGCCCACAGCUCUCCCCGGGGGGCCCUGAAAGGCCUGGGUGGUGGUGUGGGUGUCCACAGGGAGACGGACAGCACAGACUUGUCCUCAUUGUUGUUGGGGAACGGCAGCCUGGAGCACAGCCUGCUGGAGGCUGUGGAGGGCCUUGAAGGUCUGAACCUCGGGGGACACGGGGGCCUCCCUCCGCUGCUGCCUGAGAAGAGGAGAGGUGAGGGGGGAGAGCUUGGCUCCCAGUCCCCCUCUCUAAGUGGGUUUUCCAGUCCUCACAGUGGCAGUAGUCUCAGCAUCCCAUUCUCAUCCCCGAUGACCCCUGACCCCUUUAGAGGACUCAGUGGGGCCCCGUCACCAGGAGCAGAGUUUGGCAGUAAGCAGGACACUGUGAAGUUUGUUCAGGACACGUCCAAGUUCUGGUACAAGCCUGACAUUUCCAGAGACCAAGCCAUCGCGGUGCUAAAGGACAAAGAGCCGGGCUCGUUCAUCGUCAGGGACAGUCACUCAUUUCGUGGGGCAUAUGGGUUGGCCAUGAAAGUGGCCACGCCCCCGCCAUCUGUAAUACAACAGAGUAAGAAAGGGGACCUGUCCAAUGAGCUGGUGAGACACUUCCUGAUAGAGUGCACGCAGAAAGGCGUUCGUCUGAAAGGCUGUCCCAAUGAGCCGUACUUCGGAAGUCUCACAGCUCUCGUCUGUCAGCACUCCAUCACUCCUCUGGCUCUGCCCUGCAAACUCAUCCUGCCUGACAGAGACCCGGUGGAGGAUCUGAACGACUCGUCUGCACAGACAUCGACAAACUCAGCUGCUGAACUCCUCAAACAGGGAGCAGCAUGUAACGUGUGGUACCUGGGCUCUGUGUCGCUGGAGUCUCUGACGGGACAUCAAGCGGUGCAGAAGGCGACCACACAGACGCUCUCCAUGGACCCCCCACCGGCGUCCACCGUCGUCCACUUCAAAGUGUCGGCUCAGGGGAUCACGCUCACCGACAACCAGAGGAAGCUGUUCUUCAGGAGACAUUACGCUGUGAACACGGUCAUCUUCUGUUCUCUGGACCCACAGGGCAGGAAAUGGACAAGAGACAGUGGCUCCACUGCAAAGAUCUUUGGAUUUGUUGCCAGGAAAUCGCAGAGUGAGACUGAAAAUAUGUGCCAUCUAUUCGCUGAGCACGACCCUGAGCAGCCGGCGAGCGCCAUCGUCAACUUUGUCUCGAAAGUCAUGAUCGGGUCACAUAAGAAGUAAAGAGAAAGAGACUUGCUGCAGAGUGAAGAACCAACUUUUCUUCCCAAAAAAUGAUGUAGCCUCAUACUCCUGAACCUGGUCCUGUCGGUCCAUCCUUCAGAAUAAACUGGUAUAUAUUGUACUGACUGCAGUCCGGGAUGCUGCCACAAGAGGGAGACAAGACUGUCAUGUAUAAAGUUUAACCCAUCAACUGGAGGCUGUGACUACUGGCUGAGAUGCAUCUCUGGAAAUAAUUGUAUAAAAUUUGUAACAAAAAAGAAAAGAUACUUUUCUCAACUGGAUCUAGUAUGACAAUCAGAUUUUGUCACCUGUGUCUUCAAACUUACCGUUAAUGCACCAUAUUACACUGACAAAAAUAACACAUUUAUAGUGGAACAUAUAAUCUAAACAUAAACACAUAUUUAUGUGUAGAUCAUGACUAUAACUCUGAAACCUUUUCUUUUUGGUUAAAAUGUGUGCAUCAGGUUUCAACAACAUUUAUGUGCAAACCACUGGCCCAGUUUUAGUCUUUAAAACAAAACGACUGUCAUGUGACAAAGCCAAAUGUGGUUGCCUUGUACUCAAGAUGAAUUGAUUGUGUUGUGUUUAUAGUAUUUAUCCCUUUUUACAGAUGCGUAAAAGUCUCUUUUUCCUAAAUAUAUCUUUCAUAUAUUUUUGUAUAUUAACACAAACUGCACAUUAGGAUGAAAGGCAGCGUACCUCAGAAUGUAUGUAUGUAAUGUAACAUAUUGUUGUAGGAAGAUUAAGAUAUAGUGUUUUACUCACCAGUAAGAUACUGCAUAAGCAGCCCGUGUAUACUUGUACUACUAAUAUAGAUGUCGAUAUGUUCCUUAACAGUAACAGUAAUGCAGAUUUAUGUACAGUUAUUGUGCCAAUCAUAUUUUCUCCAAUGAGAGAUCAAAUACACACACUGUGAUAAAAGUCAGACAUUUGAGUCCUCCUCGGUAUUUUUUUCCAUUCACAGCUUCCUCAGAAAUCAUGUGUUGCUGAAGUGAACAUUGAUCAGACGUCUUAUUAAAGCACCAAAGGUAUUUGGAUGUACA